AUGUCCGGUUGGGAAGCAGAGAGAUGCACAUGUCACAAAGGUUCUGCUGGUUUGCUUAGUUGCUGGACGAUUGAACUAAUCGGGAAUUCUUCGGUAAUGUCUUCGGUGUACAAUUUAAUUGUUAAUCAGAAGACUUGGAAUGGAGAUCAACUUGCUGUUCACCUUUUUGCAUACAAAGAAUUGUUAAGCCUUGUCAAGGAAGUGGACAUGAAUCAGGUGGAUGAAAUUAUGGAUGUCACCAGUAUAUGCCUAAAAAAGGAAAAUGAGUUACCUUCGCUAGAUUUAUUGCGAGUAAGCGCUGAACUAUUAUCUCUUAUUGAAAGAAAGACUGAAAUAUUUACUGGCAAAAAAUUGAUGCAAAGGAACUGGUCUAUUAAUUUUCGCAUUGUUAUCAGACGUCUGCUACAGACUCCAGCCAUCACGCAAUCUAUACCCAGUACAUCGAAGGAAGCGUUUUCUGAUCAGUAUUUACCAGUAUUAUUUGAAUUAUCGGAUGAAUUGGUUUCUCUGAUUGGUAGUCAGUGGUUUGAAAGUGACCCAGAUUUUUUGUUGUUGCUAUCUUCUAUGUCUUCUAUACGAUUACAAGAAGUUUUCAACAAACAGACAUCUAUUAAAGAAGCAUUCGUUCAUGGACGUCUCCACUGUUACUUUGCGCAUUACGGUGAAUACGCCAGCAUUUUAUCGGAUGAUAAGGCAACAAUAUUAUGUGGAACACUGCGGGAAUCUGCAAUUUACACAUGCGAGUAUUAUUAUAACUGUAAAGAAAGCUUAGAUGACUUCAAGAAAAUGAUAGUAUCAACAUUUCAAUUCCUUUGUAUAUACAUAGAUUUCGGAGGAUUGGCUACAUUGCCUUCAGAAUAUACGAAGGACCUUGGAAAAGUGCUUCUCCAUCAUGCAGUCGGUUGCUGCGAAAUUUCAUUGGUUCCAUUGGAAUGCCUAGCUAAAGUAAUAUGUGAGUUGCCGAAUUUACCCAACACAACAUUGGAUACGAUUACGGACGCUUUAAAAAAAUAUAAUAACAAAGCUAAUGAAGAGGAUGUAGUCCGAAUAUUGGAUAGUUUGCACGUUCAGCUGCAGGGAAGUACUGCUAGCAGAAAAUGGUGUUCAAAUGUCAAUUUACGUAGAGUGGUUGAACUUUUGCAGCAGAUAAAAUCAGGAUAA